AUGAUCCUCGAAUUCGCGCAACUGGGAAACUUGCAGGACUGGUUGCUCGAAGGACAUGUCCCAACCAAGGACAUGCUGUACAAGUGGACUUACCAAGCCACCGAGGCUUUGGAAUUCGCUCACAAACUUGGAGUCCUGCACGCUGAUAUUCACUGCCUGAACUUCUUCUUGACAAAGACGCUAGAUCUCAAGGUCGGCGAUUGGGGCGGUGCAUCCAUAGAUGGAGGAACGUCGCAUUGCUCGUAUCGAUACAGCCACAGGUUAUUCGGGGUCGAUGGCACUGACGUCCCAGCAGAGAAGGGUAUCUCUAAGGCAACUGGAAUCUUUGCCUUGGGCACUGCAUUCUAUGUCAUGAUCUGUGGAGAGAAACCUUGGCCUGAACUCAAAGAGCCAAGGAACAGGCUCGAGAUCAGGGAACGAAUUGUCAAUGGGCAAUUCCCAGAUACAGGAGGUCUCAGAAUUCUCGGUGAUGUCGUGGCGAAAUGUUGGAGUGGAGGGUUCGAUUCCAUGACGGAGAUCAGGCGUGCUAUCGAGGAUGAAAGAGACAGAGAUAUCGAGAUGCUUGAACACGAUUAG